AAUGGCUGAUUGGUGGACGAUGGGAGACGUAGCUGCCCACCCCGCACGAAACGACUUUUCCUCCCCACUCACAUCUCCUCCCUCUCUCCCUCGCUUGCACGGGCACACACAGGCAACCGCUCGAGCCUCGAGGAGAGCAGCAGCGACUCGAUGCGGGCGCCGGAGGAGCAGCGGUAGCCUACGUGCUCGUGGUAGAAGCGACCCGCAAUGGAGGAGCUGCAGUGGCCGAUGGCAGCGGACCAGAUCGGCGCAUCACGAGAGCGGACACGACAGCCGUCACGGGCAGAGCAGAGCCAAGUCGGCGCGGCGACCGGGCGCAAUCUGGAGAACCGGUGCGCGGUGGUGCGCGGUCUGGGCGGGCGCGACAUGCACGAGUUGGCGGCGAGGUGACGGCGUUGACCAGGACGCCGUCGUAGAUCCUCGUCAUGCCGUCGGGAGAGGAGCUCAUUGAGGAUCCCCGCUUCUCCACGGAUUCACGACGGAGCGAGGUGCUCGAGGAGAAACUUCUUCUCGGGAUGCCAUGGAAAUCGGCAAGUGACUCCAUUUGCCCAUCAGAGAACCAGUGGGUUGAGGCCCCUCUUUUAUGCACGACUCCUAUUAAGUUCCAAUAUGCAAACUACACGACAGCUGACUAUGCAAAGACCGGAAAAGGGUCCUUGAGGCUUCAGAUAAUUAAUCAGACGAGUGAUAUCAUUCGCACUAUUUUCUGGAGGCCUCUCAAAUUGACAUGGACAAGUGGAUAUAGUACCAAGGAGGCUGCACCGUUUGUUGAAUGGGGCAUACAAGGGCAAAUUCAAAUCCUUUCUCCUGCAAGGCACCCUCAUGUUCAGUCACGACACUAUGUGUGGUGCUAGAACAUGCUUCCAUUUGCCUGACUCGUAUAGCAGAAGCGUUUGCUUCAUCUCCGAAGAAACUGGAUCAAUUGUGCAAUAUGGAUAGGUUGCACAAGCUGCAAGCUUAAUAUGCUUCCAUUUCACUUUUUGUUGCUACUGUAUUAUUUACGCAUAUUUGCUAACUCUGGAUCAUAUAUCCUUGAAGGGAGUAAUUUGUGUUCUGUCAAUAUGUGCAAGUGGGUCUGCAUUGGCAGCUAAAACACCCCUCCUCCAUGGAAUUAGCGGCACACUUAAAGAUAUCCUUUCAGGUUCUGGUUUGGUUGCUGGUACAACUGUAUCCCCCACUAGGUCAGCUGAUCAGGGUCCCUCGCCGCGCCGUGGAUACGGUGACCUCGUCGGAGCAGUGUGCGGACGAGCCACAAGCCGACGUAGACGGUUGCUCCUGUCACGCACACCGGCUGGUUCUGUUCUAGCGAGCCGCCGGCGUCGUUGCCCAUCUUGAUCUCCCCCUGCGACUCCUUCAAGCGAGGGUGCUGGACGCUGAGGACCGGAGAGGAAUCGGUGGAACUGUCAGUCCGUCCACGAUCUAAAGAUGUACUCCCUCCGUUCCAAAUUACUCGUCGCUGAAAUGGAUGUAUCUAGAACUAAAAUACAUCUAGAUACAUCCAUACGUGCGACAAGUAAUUCGGAACGGAGGGAGUACUUCUGUACAUCGUAAAAUAGCUAAGUUGCAGGUUGUUAGGAGUACUGUGCUACAGUUCCACUUAUAUGGAAAGAGACCAGAUUCAUUUC